CAAAGCACCACCAAACAAGGGAUCAGAAAUAGUUUUGAUCUCUUCAAGAAUCCAAGAAUAUCAGUGGUGGAAAAGCCCCACAGAGGUGUAUAUCGUGGGAAAAGCACAGAUUACAGGUCACAGCUGAUUAUGCAUGAGAGCACCCACACCGGCGAGGAGGCCUAUCAGUGUUCUCGAAGCAGCAAAAGCUUUAGCAAGCAUGCCACUCUUGUGAAUCAUAAUAGGACUCACACCAGGGAGAAACCAUAUGAGUGUCCAGAUUGUGGGAAAAAUUUCAGUUCGAAGUCUAAACUGGUAAAACACCAGAGGACUCACACAGGAGAGAAACCGUACGAGUGUCUGGAUUGUGGGAAAAGUUUCAGUCAGAAUUUCAGCCUCUUGAGACACCAGAGGACUCACACAGGAGAGAAACCGUAUGAAUGUCAAGAAUGUGGGAAAAGUUUCAGCCGGAAUUCCAACCUGGUGGUACACCAGAGGACUCACACAGGAGAAAAACCCUAUGAGUGUCAAGAAUGUGGGAAAAGUUUCAGUCAGAAUUCUGACCUGGUGAUACACCAGAGGACUCACACAGGAGAGAAACCGUUUGAGUGUCAAGAAUGUGGGAAAAGUUUUAUUCGGAAUUCCUACCUGGUGAUACAUCAGAGGACUCACACAGGAGAGAAACCCUAUGAGUGUCAAGAAUGUGGGAAAAGUUUCAGUGAGAAUUCCAGCCUGGUGCAACACCAGAGGACUCACACAGGAGAGAAACCGUUUGAGUGUCCAGAUUGUGGGAAAAGUUUCAAUAAGAAUUCCAGCCUGGUGAUGCACCAGAGUACUCACACAGGAGAGAAACCAUUUGAGUGUCCAGAUUGUGGGAAAAGUUUCAGUCAGAAUUGCAGCCUGGUGAGACACCAGAAUACUCACACAGGAGAGAAACCAUUUGAGUGUCCAGAUUGUGGGAAAAGUUUCAGUCGGAAUGCCUACCUGGUGAGACACCAGAGGACUCACACAGGAGAGAAACUGCAUGAGUGUCUGGAUUGUGGGAAAAGUUUCAUUGACAGAUCCAGCCUUGUGAAACACCAGAGGACGCACACAGGAGAGAAACCAUAUGCGUGUCCAGAUUGUGGGAAAAGCUUCAGUGACAGAUCCAGCCUGGUGAAACACCAGAGGAGUCACACAGGAGAGAAACCAUAUGCGUGUCCAGAUUGUGGGAAAAGCUUCAGUGACAGAUCCAGCCUGGUGAAACACCAGAGGACUCACACAGGAGAGAAACCGUAUGAGUGUCUGGAUUGUGAGAAAAGUUUCAGUGACAGAUCCAGCCUGGUGAAACACCAGAGGACUCACACAGGAGAGAAACCGUAUGAGUGUCCAGAUUGUGGGAAAAGUUUCAGUCAUAAUUCUGGCCUGGUGAACCACCAGAGGACUCACACAGGAGAGAAACCGUAUGAGUGUCCAGAUUGUGGGAAAAGUUUCAGUCAGAAUUCCGGCCUGGUGAACCACCAGAGGACUCACACAGGAGAGAAACCGUACGAGUGUCCAGAUUGUCAGAAAAGGUUCAGUUGGAAGGGAGGCCUGGUGAUGCACCAGAGGACUCACGCAAGAGAAAAGCUGUAUGAGUGUCCAGGUUGUGGGAAAAGUUUCACUACUAGAUCUAUCCUUAUAAAUCAUGUAGGUUUACGCACAGGGGAGAAUCCAUUCAAAUGCCUAGUCUGCGGACAGUGCUUUACUCACUUACUCCCUUAUCAAAAAGGAAAAUGCACUUGAGGCAGAAGAUAAUGAGUGUAGAGAAGCCUUGAAUUUCAUUUCUGAUCUCCCUUUAAAAGUUCUGCUGAGAAAUUAACUAUUUAAUUUCUGGCUGUUUCUUUUAGUCAAAUAUUAGACAUGAGGGCAGAGGGGAAAAGGGGGAAGAGUUAGUUUGAUAAAGGCUGACUACACAGAUCUGGCUAUCUGCUGAAAUAGUAUUUUUUUUCUUUUUUCUUUUUCUAAGAGAGUUUAUUAAAGUUUCAACAUAGAGACAGAAUACAAAGUGUAGAAAAGCUUGAGAAAAGAACUAAAAAAGAGCAAACUAAAAAUACAGAAAUAUUUAGAAAGAAAUACAAAGAAAGUGAGUUUUGACUUUCUUCAACACAGAUAUGAAUACAAAUCUCUUGCUCUUAACUAAACCUUAAUAAAUAUUAUUCCUAUAAUAAAUAACAAUUUAAUUGUCAAAACCCAAAAUCAAAGUUUAAUUUUUUUUCAGAUACAAGCAAAUAAUCCAGAAGUUGUUUCCAUGUAGAAACAAAUCCAGACACAGUAUUUUCUCUUAUCAAUGCUGUCAAUUUUGCCACCUCUGCCGAUUCCAGUAAUUCAGUAAUUUAUAUAUUUUUCGAUCUUUGUGCAUACAAAAGUCUUGCAGAUGCAGGAAAAUCGACAUGAGGCAUGAUGAGUGUAGGGAAGGCUUGAAUUUGACUUCUGAUCUCCCAUUGGACAUCCAGCUAAAAAGUUAAGUAUUUAAUUUCUGGCCUGAUUCUUUGUAGUCAAACAUGUCCCAGUAUUUGACAGGAGGGUGGAGUGAAAAAAAUGGAAAAUGUUAGUUUGAGAAAGGCUAACUACACAUAUCUGGCUAUCAGCAGAGCUUCCCAGUAAGCUGCUGCAGGUCCUAAAUAUAAAUGAAAAAAAGAUAGAAGCACUCAGAUUUUAUGAGAGAAUAUAUUAGGGAAGUUUAUGGCAGUGACAAAAGCCCUGUAAAGUUUCAGAUGGAAAGGCUUUCUGCCUUGCAGUUUUUUUAUUGUUUGGCAUAGUAGUUCGGUGUUCAUGCUGCUUUUUUUCUUGCUGGGAAAUCCUUGUGAGGUCCAGCAGCCAGAUGUGAAGA